AUGGGACGACCACCGAAACAAAAAUGUUUGGUCAACAUUAAAAAUGAGCAAGUGAGUCAUCUCAAUUUUAUUCUAUAUAUUCUGAAAUUUUUUUUUCUUAGGAGACCUCUUCUAAUUAUCUGAACAAAAAUGGAAAUUGUAAGAUUAUAUGGCAUAUCGAUUCAUUUGAUGUUUCGAAGUUUGAAAAGCUUGAAAGUCACAGUAUCGAGGCGAAUGGUCUCAUAUGGUUUGUUUUGAAACUUCAAAUAUAAUAUUUCAAUUAAUCAUCUUUUUUUAAAGGAAAUUGAUGUUGCACAGACCAGAAGAUGAAAAUGGCUUUCAAGUAUAUUAUAAAUUCGAAAUGGAGAAGAAAACAAAAGCAUGGUUCGCCGAAACUGAAGUCAAAAAGGUUGCAGCAAUUUUCAGAAACGAUCUGACAGUUGCAAAUCCAGUCGACGAAAAUUAUUGUAUCCAUGAUUCAGACUCUGGGUUUUUAACAGCGGAUGAUGAUGGUAUGUUCAUUGUUUAUCCGGAUGACAUUUCGAAAUCAGAUGAACCUGAAUCAAUCACUAUUGAAUUGAAUCUAUCUGUCAAUUCUUUCGAUUUCUCCAAACAAAUUCCUGGUUAUACUGACCUAGGAAUUUCUGUUAAUGGCACUAUUUUUUAUGUGAACAGAUGGGUGAGUGAAAAUGAAAUAUUUUAUCAUUUUUCCCCAAAUUUUUUUUUUCAGAUUCUUUGCUCUGGUUCGCAAUAUUUCUUCGAUUUGUUUGUCAAUCAAAAAUCAAUGCAAUGUAUUCUGCAAUUCGAUGAUUUUUCAGAAAUUGAGAUGUUUGAAUUUCUCGCUUCUCUAUCUUUCACACCAAUCAAAUUAUCUGGUUAGUUUAUUUGGGAAAACAAUCACGAUUUGUUUCUUAUUUGAAACCUUUUUCAGUUCAUAACAUUGAAGUCUGCAUGAAAAUGGCAAACUUUUUUGAUGUUUCAUCGAUUCGUUCAAGAUGCGAGAAGUUUAUAUUGAAUUGUUCAGAAUCGGCAGAAGACCCCUUUCAAAAAAUGUCUUUGUGUCGAAAAGUUCAACUAUCUGAAAAAUAUGAUUAUAAAGAAGUAUUGGUGAGCAAUUUUUUGAAAAUUAAAAAAAAAUGAUGAAUUUAUUUAUUAUUUAGGAAGAAUGUUUGGAGCAGCUCACCUCUUCAAAACAAAUCAAACGAUUUGUUGGGAAUACGAUUUUCGAAGAGCUGGAAAAAGACACAAGAUUGAUUGUUUUAAAAAAGUUGUUGAAAUAUGUUUAA